AUGCAUCGCAUCGAUCGUAUCCGUUCCCAUGUGUCCAAUGGAUUCGACAAAUCGGAAAUACUCGAAGAAGAUGUGGUGAUCGUAUCGGCACUUCGUACACCCAUCACCAAAGCCCGUCGUGGCGGCUUUAAAGACACGACACCCGAUGUGUUGCUAGGUCACGUGCUGCAGGCUGUGCUUCAUCAGGCCAAGGUGGACCCGAAGCUCGUCGGUGACAUUGUUGUAGGCAACGUACUACAACCCGGUGCAGGUGCUGGUAUGGCCCGUAUGGCCCAGUUGGCUGCCGGUAUCCCGCAUACGGUGCCAUUGCACGUUGUCAAUCGUCAGUGCAGCUCUGGUCUCCAAGCUGUUGCGAAUGUGACAGCAGCCAUUAAGGCUGGAUAUUAUGAUAUUGGCAUUGCUGCAGGGGUUGAGUGCAUGUCACUUGCAAGUAUUGGUAAAGAUGUCCCAACCGUCAACUGGGAACGUAUUGGAGCUGUGCAGGAUGCCAUGGACUGUACCGUGCCCAUGGGCAUCACGAGUGAAAAUGUGGCCGAGAAGUACGGCAUCUCACGCCUUGAACAGGACGAGAUGGCGGCGCUCUCACAUGCCAAGGCAGCAGCAGCUCAGAGCAAUGGUUGGUUCAAGGAUGAGAUUACACCCGUGUCGACGAUCAUCAAGGACAAGGACGGAACAGAGAAAUCAGUCAUUGUCUCUAGGGAUGACGGCAUUCGUGUCGACACGACAGCAGAAAAGCUAGCAAAGCUUCGACCAGCGUUCAAGGAACGCGGCUCAACCACAGCUGGUAACUCGAGCCAAGUAAGUGACGGUGCAGCUGCCGUGCUGCUUAUGCGUCGCUCCGUGGCCAAGAAGAUGGGAUUGCCGAUCCUUGGCCGAUUUGUGUCGUACGCUGUGGCAGGUGUGCCACCCUCUCUAAUGGGCAUUGGCCCAUCUGUUGCUAUCCCGGAAGCACUGCAAAAGGCUGGUUUGACUCUGGAUCAGAUCGAUGUCUUUGAGAUCAACGAGGCGUUUGCUAGCCAGGCAGCAUACUGCAUCAAGAAGCUCGGCAUUCCGAUUGAGAAGGUGAAUCCAAAGGGUGGAGCUAUUGCACUGGGUCAUCCGUUGGGCUGCACUGGCGCUCGCCAAAUGUCUACGUUGCUGUAUCAGCUCAAGCGAAAAAACCAGCGUUAUGGAGUCAUUUCCAUGUGCAUUGGCACAGGAAUGGGAGCUGCUGCAGUCAUUGAGCGUGAGCCGUAG